AUGCGCGCAUCUAGACCAACACUCUCAACACAGGCCGCCUGUGCGCCACAACUCUCCGACGAUGAGCGACACCACAUCUUCUCGCAACUCCCUGCUUGUACCAAGGUUCUCUCCAUCGCAUCUGCCAGAAUCUACCAUGCCCCGUUCGGGGCGCGCGAAGAUGCAUGGCGGGAUACGGGUCUGAGAGGAAUGCUCGUCUUUGGUCGGAAUCGACUCGUCGUGAACACCGAUCGUGGGCUCGGUGUCGGCCCCGCAGCAAGCCUUGAACACAUGUACUGGCUCAGGUUGAUUGAUAUGCAGCCGGGGAAGGGCGUCGUAUGGCUACACCAGAUCCCAGACGACUUUCAAUACCGCCUCGACAAGCCGUUCUUCCAUAUCUUCCCGGGGAAAACAAGGAUGUUUGGCCUCCGCUUCGAGAGCGACGUAGAGGCGGACACGUUCUACAAGAGGGUCACAAGUCAGCUGCACACCCCCGUGCACAUGCCCCGGAAGAUCAAGAGAUCUAGCACGCAGGCACAAGCGCAGACGCAGCCGAAAAAUGCAUCUCCGCCUGUGUCUCCGCCACUACCUCCGACUGUCACUCUUGCUUCGCAUCGUGUCGAUCCCUCUAUGAUCUCGUCUCCGGCCCCAGGGACAUUCGUUCACCUCGCGCAUGUCGGGUACAAUGAGAAGGGUCAUCUUGAGGUCUCGGAGAGCCUCGAACCGGGCUGGUCAAUCAUCAUGCAGGAGUUGCAGGGACUGGGUAUUGCGCUCGACAAACUCAAGGGGCAUGGCGUGAGCGAGGACCUGGUGAAGAAGAACAAGGAUUUCGUCGAGGGUUUCGUCAAAGGUGCCGAGGCAUGUGCAGCUCAGAACGCGGAACAAGGUGGCGAGAAGAAACGCAGGUCGCCUCAUCGGAAGCCGGUCACAUUGACUCCGUGA